AUGGCUGACGCGAUGGUGCAGCCGGCGCCAACACCACCAGCCCAGCCCGCCGCGGCGGUGGUAGCGCGCCAGCUCACGGUGAGCCAGUCGCCCUUCCCAGACAUCUCUGUCGACAUCCCUUCGAGCAUCCCCACAAGCAUUCCUACAAACAUCCCCACGACCAUUCGCGCACCGGGAGGGAACACGACGCUUUCCGUGACGCCCUCGAGCACGGCAGACCCGAACGGGGCCGCGGCGGGUCUCGGGGAGGGCUCUUCGGGUGCCGCUGUCUACGGCGCGCUCGUUGCUGUCGCUCUGGUCGUCUUGCGAUAG